UUUAACCCAUACCCAGACCCGAUCAGGUCUACCCCUCGGGUCCCAGGUUAGGUCCGCGUCCAUUGUCAGCUCUAUUGGCAAGGGGCAACACAGGUGUCCAAUAAACACCAUGACUCUCAUUCCUCUUAGAAUCAGCACUCCAACCUUCUACGACCAUAUCAAAGAUAAGGAAAUGAAAAAUCCCCACCACACACUUUGAAGUAAAACACAGAAAGAUCCAAAAUCCCAUUCCAUAUGUACAAGUACUAAAGAAAGUAUAAACUCCUUAAGAAUUAAGGUAAAAGCUGCAACCACACCACAAUGCUCUGCAAAUCCCCCCUAACAGCAAUUCCAUCACCCUUCUUUCCAACACAAAAAAAGCAUGGAAAUUACACAACCAAGUUCUUUUCAUUAUAUGAUCAAGAUUCAGAAAAACCCAUCUCCACAAUUACUGAAAAUCCAUCAAAAAAGGAGGGCACCAUCAAAGUUGAGUUUCAAACUCUUGGAGAUAGCAAGCUUGGGAUAUCAAGAUACCCCAAUUUUGAUUAUAAUGCAGAGGGGGGCACAGGUAGAGGAAAAGGAAGAAAAAGUAGUGAUGGUUCCUCUAAUGAGUUAAUGGUCUCUUUUGACAUUGGCUCUCUCUAUAUUCCACCACUGAAUUAUGGGACCACCAGGUUCUUGGGCUUGCCUUUGCCACCAUUCUUGAAGAUUGACAUAGUUCCUGAGAAAUUUGAUGGGAUCAUCAAUGAAGGAACUGGGAAGGUGGAUUUGGAAUUUAGAGCCAAGUUCUGUUUCUCUGCUGGGAGCUUGUAUAGACCCCCAGCUCUAAUGGUGGAGACUAUUUUAACAACUGAAGAGGCUAAAGGAGUAAUUAAAAAUGGCAAAGGAGAGAGGAUGGAUGAUAAAGGGAAAUGUAGGCUUGUUGGGGUUGCCACUGUUGAUCCUAUUCAUGAUUUUCUCAUGAAUGCUUUUCUUGGCCUUCCCACAGAGUGCAUUGCUGAUUUAAAUGCCCAAAUCUUUGUUACCUCCUGAAGCCUAUUCAUGUUUUUUUGCAUAAGGUUUGUAUAAGGUUGACCACUUAAACAAUCAUAACAAGGCACACCUCUAAAUGAUGUUGAUUCAAUACCGCAAAUUUUUGUGAUGGUUUGAAAAUCUAUUGCCAUCUCUACUCGUGAAA